CCUGCCAAUUAAUCUCUGUAGUUGAAGCUUGUGGAGUUCAUAGAGGUUUACGUUAAGUAGGUUUCUACGUAGGUUGAUUAAAAGCCAACAGUUUCUGUCAUUUCAUUUAAUUCGAAGGUAGGGUGAUGACGGAAAGUGAACCUCAAGCAAAGAAGAAAAUGCCUAGUUCUCUUACGCAGUUGAAGAAUUUUACCACUGUUGUGGCAGAUACUGGAGAUUUCGAAGCCAUGAAGCAAUACAAACCCACUGAUGCCACCACAAACCCAUCACUCAUGCUAUCAGCUGCCAACAUGCCACAAUAUAAACAUCUUAUCACAAAAGCUGUGGAGUAUGGCCGCAAAAGUGGAAACACACCAGCUGAACAGCUAGAGGCUGCAUCAGACAAGCUGUUUGUCCUCUUUGGAACCGAGAUUCUGAAAAUUGUUCCUGGACGAGUCUCUACAGAAGUGGAUGCUAGGCUGUCAUUUGACAAAGAAGGCAGUAUACAAAAGGCUAGGCGUUUGAUUCAGCUGUACGAGGAGCAAGGUAUCAAGAAAGACCGAAUCCUCAUUAAACUUGCGUCCACAUGGGAAGGGAUACAAGCUGCAAAAGAACUGGAAGAAACUUAUGGAAUCCACUGCAACUUGACAUUAUUAUUUGCCUUCUGCCAAGCUGUGGCCUGCGCUGAAGCAGGAGUUACACUCAUUUCGCCAUUUGUGGGUCGAAUUCUUGAUUGGUAUGUAGCAAAUACAGGUCAGAAGACAUUUGAACCUUAUGAAGACCCAGGAGUUGUAUCUGUUACAAAGAUAUACAACUACUACAAGAAGUUUGGAUAUAAGACGGUUGUCAUGGGAGCGUCCUUCAGAAAUGUUGGUGAGAUAAAAGCAUUGGCAGGAUGUGACUUACUGACUAUCAGCCCCAAGCUGCUUGAAGAGCUUGAUUCAAGCAAUGAGGAAUUAUAUCAGUUUCUUACAGAGAAGUCUGCUCGUAAGACUGAUGUUGAAAGGAUCACCAUGGAUGAGAAGACAUUCCGCUGGCUGCUGAAUGAGGAUCAGAUGGCUUCUGACAAGCUAUCUGAGGGUAUUCGUAAAUUUGCUGAGGAUUCUCGCAAGUUGGAAAAACUUCUCAGAGAGCAUUUGGGCAAGGCUAAAUGAAAUUAUCAGUGAACUGUCAAACUGAAACAUAUUUGAUGCCAAUUGUUAUGGGGGAGGAGGGGAACAGUACAGUACUUGCAUAGGUUAGCAACUGCUAUCUUGGUGAAAGGGUAAAUGAAAAUCAGACUGAUAAAUCUGGUGACAGUUGAGGAAAUAGGGACAUCUUACUUCUGUUUUAAACAUUUUUGCUCUACUUUGUCAUGUGUCAUUGAACAUUUUUCUGAAAUAUAUUUUCAGUCUUACAAUUCCAUAAUUGUUUCUGUUCGAUGUGUUAUACUUUCUCAUUUAAAAUGUUGACUUCCAGAAUUAAAAUGCAUAAUACAAAUCAAAUAUGAUACAUUA